AUGGAUGGGAAACUGCAAGAAAACUUCACAUUUCUUUUGUUACUUACGUUGGAUUUCUGCUUUUGUGAAGAUGGUGACGGAGAAGGGGGCGAUGAUGACCACGACGACCCAUUGUCCAGAGAAGCCUUUCCAAAAAAGCCGUUCUGUGAAUCCACAGAGGAGCAGCGGAACAGUGUUUUCUCGGAGGCAGCUGUUGCUGUUGUUGGGAGGCUGCUGCUCGAAAUGUCAAAAGCGCCAUCGGAGCAGCUUUUCCGUUGA